AUUUUCUCCCUCCUCGAUUCAAAAACAUAAGUGCAGCUGGCUGCUCCGGCGGCACUGUUGACAAGUACAUUGUGAAAGCAACCAUGCCUGAAAACUCAACGCAUUCGCCGGAGGGACGACCUCGACUCUUUCUGUGGUUAACAGAUGAUGUGUCAGCGCACGGUAACGUGCUCAACUACGUCAAAGAGAAGCUCGGUAAUGGCAACGAAGUAUUGGAAUUGCGCACUGAGAGCGCUGUUGAGGACCUGACGAGCCGUACGUUGCUUGGAUUCGUGCUUGAUACUCUGAGGCGUUUCAGCCGUUUCACGAGCUGGCGCACAACCGCUCUGAGCGUUAACGAACAUUAUCAAGCGCUGCAACUGUGCACUGCCCGUGUCAACUACAACACCAGAGCCGAGUUCUCUGCUACUGCAGUUGAAGUGAUUUGCGCUCACAACAAGUACAUUCGCCACCUCGACGAUGCUACGAACACAGAUGAAAUAUUCGUGCAAGAGUACGUCUCAUUUCUGGACCACUCAAAUGCAGUGAACCAGUGGGACGUGUUGCGAAAGUUCAAGGAAACCGUGGAGGCCUACGAUGUGGUGCGCAAUUUCGUCCGCGACAGGAAUUACCUUAUUUACGGGCCACGUCGUACCAACUACAUCAAAGAAUGUCUCAAGGUCUUCCUCGGCGAUGACACGCUGCAACAGAUCCACGUAGAAGUCCCACUCGACAUGAGUCUGGAUGAAAACGCCAAAGACGCCAAGAUCGACGUUUACUCGGAAGAAAUCGCGAUUGACACUCUUGCGGACGCGAACGAGCCAGUCACCAGCGAACUUCCCAGUUCUCGAACGGGGGAAUACUUGGUGUGCGUCAUCAACGCCAUCAUCCGCGUUCUGCUCAACAGUCGCGACGAGCUCGCCCUGGCUACCACAAUGGCAUCACCUUUAGUCCAAUUACCUCACGAUGCAUUCACGCAGUUGAAACGCGUGUCCCUCCAAAAAUCCAUGCCCAUGUGCCAGUGCGCCAUCUCGUACGUACUACGACUCAGGCUGGGUGGAAAUUGCGCAGACGACGACAGCCCGCUCAGCCAGUACGUUUGCGGUCUAGCAGACUUUGUCGACCUCCUUCACAAGCUUCAAACCGUCAUUGAAGAGGAAAAAGAAGACGACGCCGUAAAGAAAGUCAUCGGCAUCAUUUUUGCUCGGAUCCGGAAUUCCAAAGGAUUCGGCCUGGACUGGAACUCUGUGCUUCCCUUCAAGAACGAGCUGCUCAAACUCGCUACGGCGCUGUCGUCCUCAUUCGAUCCCGCGGAUAAACAGGAGGGCACGGACAUUGUGGGAAAGGAGGCUAUGUGCACGCUGCGUAACAUUUCGGACUUUAUGUCCACGCGUCAGAUAUACUGCGACCUGUCGAACCUCUUCUAUUUCCCCAAACACGAAGGAACGCCGCUCAACGUUCCGGCAAUGUUGGCUUACUUUAAGACGCCGGACCCGGACCUCGACAGCGUGGACGAAGAGUGGGACAGGCCUCUCAGUGCGCGGAUCGAGCAGUUGAAAGCGGACAGGAAAGUGUCUGCGUUCCGGACAACGAGCAACCUGGAAGUAGAGUGCGCGGAGGGUACCGGGGGAACUGCAGACGUGGAACGCAAGGGUACAGAAUGCGCGGAUGUGACACCAAAGAGAAUUGAGAAGAUAGAUGAAAAGACAAACGAAAGCAGUAAGCCACUGCAAAAGGCUGAGGCCAAGACAAAGGCUGUCAAGAGAAGUAUACUUUCAGAGAUCAACGGAGUCGCGAAGAAAUCGAGGCAGGGCGUCAAAAGUGCGAAGAAGAAAGUGGACAAGUCGAGCAACCAGAAUGCGAUCACAACUUAUUUUAUGAAACGAUGAGAAAGGAAGCGUACGGCUUCUUAUGAGGCACUCUAGCGCGCAAUGAGCACAUUGUAAGCACGAGUCUGAGACACAUUGCAGUUAUUACUUGCAUGCUGCGACGUUGAGGCUGCACGGUAUCCCUAUAGACUGCCGUGUAGUUAAUAAUCAAUAAAAUAUAUUUUAUUGCGUA